AUGGCUUCGCCCUCAGCCGCAGACUCUCCAGAAGAGGAGAGCACCGAUGUCCCCGAGGUGACGCAAGCAGAGACGAGAGUGGCCGUGUCGCGACUCCGGGCUAAGAACACAGCGCCCGGACCCGACGGAGUUCCUGGUCGAGCUCUCGUCCUGGCUCUGAAGGAGCUAGAGCCCCAGCUGAGAGGGCUCUUCACGGCAUGUCUCGAGCAGGGUCAGUUUCCCAGUGUGUGGAAGGAGGGGAGGCUGGUCCUGCUCAGGAAGGAGGGGCGCCCCGCGGACUCACCGUCCGCGUACCGGCCCAUAGUGCUGCUCGACGAGGCGGGCAAACUUCUUGAGCGUAUCAUCGCAGAUCGCCUCGUCGGCCACUUGUGCAGAGAGGGACCGGACCUGGACGAGAACCAGUUUGGUUUUCGUCGCGGGCGCUCCACCAUAGACGCUAUUACGCGCGUGAGGGCCCUGGCGGUGGAGACAGUAUCCCGGGGUGGGGUGGUGCUGGCGGUGUCUUUAGACAUCUCCAACGCCUUCAACACCCUACCCUGGAGUUGUAUUCGGGAGGCACUGAAUUACCAUCGCGUGCCUCCCUACCUCCGCCGCAUAAUAGGGGCUUACCUAGAGGAGAGAUGCGUUACCUAUUGGGGACGUGACGGCGCUGGUCGGCGCGUCAUGUCGUGCGGUGAUGAUCAUGGCUUUUGUUUUCUGCGGAGCAAAUUUAAGCUUGUUUUUGACUCCCCACCUCCGAACAUGUGCGAGGGCCGCAUUGGCCCGUUCCUGCACGUCCAGUGCUUUAUCUCCCGAGAAGAUCAGGACCACAUCAUCUGCGAAGGCCUGACAAUGUUCCCCUUUAUCGUUCAACUCUUGCAGUAG